AUGUCUGCGACUCCCGCUACCUUCUACGAGCAGCUGCCGCUGCCUACCAUCGACCGUCCCUUUGGUAUUCAUCUGUGGCCCAUCUUCGACAAGGCUUUUACUGCUGUCGUCGGCUACUCCGCCAAUGACUUCAAGUUUGUGCCUUUCGAGACUCCCAUGUCCACUAUCAAGUCGACAUCCAUCUUCAUUGCCAUCUACUACUGCAUCAUCUUCGGUGGUCGCGAGUGGAUGCGCAACCGCGAGCCUUUCAAGCUCAAGGGUCUCUUCCUCAUUCACAACCUCUACCUGACUCUGAUCAGUGGUGCUCUCCUGGCUCUCUUCAUUGAGCAGCUUCUGCCUACUGUUGUCCGUGGCGGUAUCUUCCAUGCCAUCUGUGACGCCGAGGGUGGCUGGACUCAGCCCCUUGUCGUUCUGUACUACCUCAACUACCUUACCAAGUACCUCGAGCUCCUUGACACCGUCUUCCUCUUCCUCAAGAAGAAGCCUCUGACCUUCCUCCACUGCUACCACCAUGGUGCUACCGCUUUCCUCUGCUACACUCAGCUCAUCGGCUCCACCUCCGUCUCUUGGGUUCCUAUCGUCCUGAACCUCCUCGUUCACGUCGUUAUGUACUGGUACUACUUCCAGAGCGCCCGUGGUGUCCGUGUCUGGUGGAAGGAGUGGGUUACCCGGCUCCAGAUCAUCCAGUUCGUCAUUGAUCUCGGCUUCAUCUACUUCGCCUCUUACACCUACUUCACCUCGACCUACUUCCCCUGGAUGCCCAACGCUGGCAAGUGCUCUGGCGAGGAGUUUGCUGCUUUCUCUGGUAUCAUCACCAUCAGCUCCUACCUUGUCCUCUUCAUCUCCUUCUACUUCGCCACCUACAAGAAGCAAGGAAAGGCUCCUAGCGGCCGACAGAGCCUCCGACGCAUGUCCCAGGCUCCUCUCCCCGACCCUCAUCUGGUCCAGACCACUCCUUCCAAGAAGUCCAACGGUGCUACCGCUACCGGUGCUAAGACCAACGGCGGUUCCGUUCGAUCUCGCAAGGCUUAA